AUGGGACAGUUGUAGAAUAGUGAAGCAUAUAACGAUGAUGUACAAAGAUUAAUUACUGAAGAAAAUCUAAGAGAAAUAAUGAAGGGAGGAACUGAUCUUAAAACUUUUACUCCACACUUAGCAUACUACAUGAGGUAGAAUGAUAUUAACACUCCUAGAAGAAUGGCUAUGUUUUUGGCUUAAGUAGCUCAUGAAUCUGGUAGAUUUUACUACCUAAAAGAGUUGGGUAAUGGAGAAGCUUAUAACCCCCCUUCUUAGAAAGCAACAAAUUUAGGAAAUACUGAACCUGGAGAUGGACCUAGAUACAAAGGAAGAGGGUUGAUUCAAAUAACUGGGAGAGAUAAUUAUAAUUAAUAUGGAAAAAUAAUGAAUCUAGAUUUGAUAAAUAAUCCAGAACUGCUAGAAUAAAAAGAUAAUGCAGUGCAUGUAUCAUGUUUAUUCUGGAAGCAUAGAAACUUAAAUUAAUUAGCUGACUAGGAUGACUUUAUAGGCGUAACCAAGAGAAUCAAUGGAGGUACGAAUGGGCUUGCAGAAAGAUAGAAAUAUUAUGAUAAAGCAAAGGAAGUAUUUGGCAUUAGUUAAUGA